GCCUCGAUUGAAAUCCGUUCCUGUUCUGUGAAACCAUUGUUCGCUGAGCUGGCCGCCAUUGGUAUGAGGCAAACUACAGUCUCGUCUAAUGCCUAUGAUGGUCCUCAGUCGUACGAGUUAACCAAUCCGGACGAACUAUGCAGCAGCUCGGAGGUGCAGGUUAUACGUGUCAAUGCAUUACACGAGCAAGGUGAUACCGGGCAGACGACUUCCACAACCAUCGAGUCGAAACCAACACCUAUUCAGGCUCCUGUCAAUUUGACCAAAACUAUUCGGAAGCCCUAUUCGGUUCAGUCGUUUCAGGAUGCUGACGAGGCAGCUAUCACACGAUCAAGCACUUUAUUGUCAUCCUUAGACCAAGAUGCCUUGCUCCUAUCUGCAAGUGAUGAAGAGGACCCGAGACCGAAUCAGAAUGGCGUACCUGCAGAUUUAACGGUGGCUUCCAACCAAGUCCUGGCUCCGGCAGUUCCUGCACGUCUCCCAUUCAAUGGGGAUUCCACUUUGUUCGUUCCCACCGAAAAUCAGUCACUGUUGGCCAGCGAAAACCAAUCACAACCACAACUGGUCAGUCGAUUUGUAGAUUGGACAAGGGAUUCCACCAUUCCACCGACCACUUCGCCAUCCCAGCUGACAAACCAAUCCCCAAUCCAUUCAGAAACGAAUGUGCUUGAUGUGAGCGUUUAG